UAAUGAAUGUAAUCAUUGUACCACAAAGAUGUACUAAUAAAACUUUUUAAAAUUAUAGAGAAUACUGGUAUUGGAAUAGAAGGCAACUACUAGAAGCAAUCGCCAACCUCAAGGCGGAAGAAAGGAAGAGGAUGGGGGAUUAUAUCCAGGAAGAGGAGCUUCAGGAAACCUCAGCUCAGGAUCCUGAGAUGUGCUAGUUUUCCCAGGGAUGGAGUGAGGCAGACCCCGGUGCACAGGAAGAAGCUAGAAACAAAAACCAAAAGUGGCCGGAGCUGGCUGCUCAGGCUGAGUAGAGGCACGCGUGGCACAGCUAGGAGGGCAGCGAGUGCCCACCAGGGACCCUCGCCUUUCCCCAGCAGCUGGCCCUUCGCAGCGUCUCUGCCUUUAGGAGCUGCAGGCGCCCGAUGACCAAAGAGAUGGGUGGUCUAAGCUGGACUCCACAGCGCGGGAUCUGGACCCAGGCUCCCGCCUAGGCUUGCGGGACUUCAGAAGCGUCGCUGGACUUCGGUUUCCCCGUGCUUCUCGGUGAAAUCGGCGAGCCCCUACCGGCGGGUGGUGUAGGCUGAUCGACCUCAGUCCCGUCCUGGUGGGGUCGGGUAACGCCCGUCCUUUUCAUGCUCCUUCUGCUAUUAAACCAGGGUUUUAAAGGUCCGAGGAGCCGGAAAGCCGAGGUCACCCCGCAAGCUGCUCCCGGCUCGCCUCCCCGGAGCGCGCUCACCCGCGCAGUGACCUGGUUGGCUGAACCGAGUGGAAAGGGGCGGGGCGCUGGCUGGCGUUUGCACCCCUCUGGGGAAGCCGGGGCACUCGCGGGGGUCCCGGAUCACCGCUCCGGGUUUCGGGGACCCUGGGCGCGCGGCCGCUGCAAGGAGCCACAGGCGCGCUCUGCCCGGAUGUGACCGCGCUGCGCCCCCAUGCGGCCCCCGGAGACCCCGGCCCCCGGCCGCCCGGCCCUGCAGCUGCUGCCGCCGCUUCUGCUGCUGCUCGCCGCGGCGCCCUCUGGCCAAGCAGCUCCUUGUAUCUCUGGUGGUUUGCCUAAACCUACUAAUGUGACCUUUUGGUCCAUAAACAUGAAAAAUGUCCUACACUGGAAUCCCCCAGAAAGCCUGCGAGGAGCUGAAGUUACAUACACCGUGCAGUAUUUCAUAUACGGGCAAAAGAAAUGGCUGAAUAAAGCUGACUGCAAAAAUAUCAGUAGGACCUACUGUGAUCUUUCUGAUGAAACAGCUGACUAUGAACAUCAAUAUUAUGCCAAAGUUAAGGCCAUGUGGAAAACGAAUUGUUCCAAGUGGAUUGAAACAGGACGAUUCUAUCCUUUUUUAGAAACACGAAUUGGGCCCCCAGAGGUUGCCCUAACUACUGAUGAAAAGUCCAUUUCUAUUGUCCUGACGGCUCCAGACAAGUGGAAGACAAAUCCAGAAGACUGUACCAUUUCCAUGCAACAAAUAUAUUCCAACCUGAAGUACAACGUGUCUGUGUAUAAUAUCAAAUCAAAAAGAACGUGGUCCCAGUGUGUCACCAACCACACUCUGGUACUCAGCUGGCUGGAGCCCAACACUCUGUACUGCGUCCAGGUGGAGUCCUUUGUCCCGGGGCUCCCACGCCCUGCUCAACCUUCUCAGAAGCAGUGUGUCAGGACUUUGGAAGAUCCAACAUCAGCAUUAAAGGUUAAAAUCAUUUUGUGGUAUGUUUUGCCCACAUCUGUGACUGUGUUUCUAUUUUCUGUAAUUGGCUGCUCCAUCUACCGAUAUAUCCAUGUUGGCAAAGAGAAACACCCAGCAAAUUUGAUUUUGAUUUAUGGAAAUGAAUUUGACAAAAGGUUCUUUGUGCCUGCUGAAAAAAUUAUGAUUAACUUUAUCACCCUCAAUAUUUUGGAUGAUUCUAAAAUUCCUCAGAAGGAUAUGAGUCUACUGGGCAAAAGCAGUGAUGGAUCCAAACUCAGUGAUCCUGAGCCCCUCUGGGACCUGGAGCCCCAUCCAGGGGAAGGUGAGGUGAAACACUUGGGAUACUCCCCACAUUUGGUGGGGAUUUUCUGUGACUCUGAGGAAAGCACCAGAGAUGCUUCUCUGACCCUGCAGGAGUCUCUCAGCAGCACAACGGUUACAGGCGAAGCUGUGGUUGAGUAUGAAUGUGACGUCAGAACUGAUGCUCAGCAGGGACCUGAAGGUCACCAGUUCAGUGCACAAGAGAUGGCUUCUAUACCAAAAUUAUUUCAGCAACAGACAGCGCUGACAAACAUGGGCCCACCAACCCUGGUGUGUUCAUAUUCACCUCAGCUCAGCAACUUAUACCACCUGGCGCAGGAGCACGCGGUCUCGGGAGAGGGACUAGAGGAGAAGCCGUGGAUGACGCUGGUCAGCUGGGACUCUCAGACCAGCAGACUGUGUAUCCCUUCCUUCCCCAGCUUUGACCAAGGCCCCAAGGACAGUGAGUAUCCUGAGACUGAUGAUCUUGCAGAGGAGGGCCUGUUGUCCAGACUCUGUGAGGCACAGGUGCCGGAUAAACCAGCAGAAGAUGAGAACUAUCUCCUGCAGUUUAUGGAGGAAUGGGGACUUUGUGUGCAAAUGGAAAACUAACCCUAGCAAGAUUUGACUUUGCCCCGUCUCUACUGUGACAGGGGACAGGAGUGGAAACAGGUGGAUGCCAGGGCUGUGAGCAGCAUCUUCGCAUUCAUCGGUGUUGGUGGGGAUGACAGCCCUUCUCUGCUCCCUACACUCUCUUGGGGUGCGGGCUGCCUGUAGGCCCCUCAUGAUGUUCAUGGAGCCCUUGGGGUGCAAGGGCUGACCUUUGCUUUAGACGGAAUCAGCAUUCAAUGCAUGUUUGCCCUGCAGGAUUGGUUCAGGAGGGCAUACUAUGGCCAUUCCGCUUAUUAACUUUUUAACAAGCAUGAUUAUCUGAUUAUUUUUACUAUGUAUGGGUAAUACCGCAAAAUAUUUCAUAAAGACUAUCCAUUUUACAAAUA